AUGGAAUAUGAAGAAAACAGCUCUCCAUCUUCAUCUUUACCGCCACUAAUGGAACCCUAUUUCACAUUUGACCAAACUCAAACCGAGCUUAAAGAUUUGCAGCAGCAACAACAGCAAGUGUCCUGCUUCUCCAAUAUUUUCGCAACCGACCAACAACAACCACCACCAUUCUCGUACCUCGCUAAUAUGGACUUAACCCCAAACUUAUCAACCAAAAUCAGCUUGCCAGUACUUCCCUUCAAUGGAGGGCUGACCCAACCAGCAGAAAAUCAUGGUUUUGGAUCAUACAUAAACCCUAGUACAAGUGGUACCACUACAGCUUCCUCUUCAUCUUGUCAUGAACAAAAGGUUCUGAAAGCUGUGCUGAAUCAACUCACAAAGACGGAAUAUUGUGGGGGAUCUCCAAGCUUUGGGGAAGCAAGUACUUCUGAGAGUUUAUUGUCGGAAGUGGCACUCUCUACCAUGUGGAAUAACCAAUAUUAA